GCGGCCAUGUGGUUUAUUAAACAUGGCUGUACCGGCUGGGAGAUCCGUGGUGUUUGUAACAGGGAAUGCGAAAAAAUUAGAAGAGGUUGUUCAGAUCCUCGGUGAUAAAUUCCCCUACAAACUAAUUUCCAAGAAGAUUGAUUUGCCUGAAUACCAAGGAGAACCUGAUGAGAUCUCAGUACAGAAGUGCAAAGAGGCAGCAAAACAGGUAGAUGGACCAGUGAUUGUGGAGGACACAUGCCUGUGUUUCAAGGCAUUAGGAGGACUCCCAGGGCCAUACAUAAAAUGGUUUUUGGAUAAACUGAAGCCAGAGGGACUGUACAAGCUUUUAGCAGGGUUUGAAGAUAAAUCAGCCUGGGCCCUUUGCACAUUUGCUUAUUCUCCUGGCAAAGAAGAACCUGUUCAGCUCUUCAGAGGAAUCACUGAAGGCAAGAUCGUGGAGCCCAGAGGCCCACGAGACUUUGGUUGGGAUCCUUGUUUCCAGCCUGAUGGCUAUGAUAAAACUUACGCAGAGCUUCCUAAAGACGUGAAGAACAGCAUCUCUCACCGGUACCGAGCCCUGGCAGCCAUGUCAGAACACUUCUCCAAACUGAACGACGACCCAGAGAACAAACGCACCAAACACACUGACUAAUCAUAAGCAGGAUCAACCAAUCUGGAGUCAGAUCGUCCCAUCAGUAUUGGGUAUUUGACCAAAGUGAUGUGCUGCAACUAUCACCAUGAGGCUCAUGAACGGUUGUAUAAUGCAGUCCGUAUAAUAUCUUUUAACUAUAAAUAAAAACAGUGUUCUGUA